AGUUUAGUUGAGAGGAGUCCAGGAGUCAGUGUGCGCCCGCAGCGCGUUCCGCAUCUGCAGCCGCGGGUCCGCAUCCCGGUCACCUUUACGCACUCUUCAACUUGGCGGAGCUGCCCGGAGUCUCCAUCGUUGCGCACCGCAGCACCUCCUCUUCUGCGCUCCUCCCUCCCUCGAUCCCUCACUCCUCCUCCUCCUCCUCCAGCAGCAGCACCGCCAGGCGGGCUGUAACGGGACACUUGGAGCGCGCCAAACCCGCUGCGCAUCCCGGCGUGGCGACUCUCCCCUCGGCGGCUCGGACGAUGCGGAUGCCGGAGGAGUGCGCCUGCUUCCGCGGCUUGUGGCGCCGCAGACUGCCCGGUGACUGCCCGGUGUGGAGUUGAGGUGGUUCCGGUGUGGUUCCGGUGGGGCUGCGAGGCGCGCGGGGAUUUUCCAGCUUCGUGUUUCAUACCGCCGCGCGGGGCUGUGGACGGUCUGACCGCCAUCAUUUACAGUCUGACAAAAUGCCUGCAUGAUGCCACCUUCCGUGUGAGCCCUCCCUAAUCCCGUCGCAGCGACGCGCAGAAUCCCCUCAACACUUCAAUGCUGUGGCUCUCUGACUCAUCCUCUGCAGCUAUCAGCCAUAAAUCGAUCCCAACUCAGCUGGUUUAUCAGGGCUUUUCUAUUCCAGACAGGCUCCCUGACGGGGUUACCCUCUCGUCUGAUGCUCAAGCUUGAUUUACAAACUCCCCUGACCUUCAGUUUGGAGCUUUCAGCUUAUUUUCUAUCAGUUUUUGCUUUGAAGUGCGGAACUUGUUUGCCCCCUGAGAGAAAGUACUUAAAAAGACGACUAUUAUUACUUCUUUGAACCUUGUCUACAGUGGAUCGCGACAGCUCAGAGAUUUGGCUUGUUUUGGUUACCUGCUCUGAGCGGCUCAGUCUGGAGCCGCCUGUUUUCCAAAUGCCGCCAUGCCCAUCAUCAGCAACGCCAACCAUGACUUCAGCAACCUGUCCGUCAGCGAUGACAGCAGCCUGGACCGCAUCUUCACAGAGAUCCCCGAGACGGAAACCAUCAAGGGUGUGUACUACCAGAGAGCUCAGUUCAUCCGCCGGCCCGAGGACCUGCUGUCCAUCGAUCACGCCUUGCUGGCGGUGAUAAAUGUGGGGGGAAACCGCUACACCUUCCCCUGGAGCACGCUGCAGCAGUUCCCUCUCACUCGACUGGGCCGGCUGUGCGGCUGCAGGUCUCUGGAGGAGAUCGCCAGCGUCUGCGAUGACUACGACGAGGCCCGGAAGGAGUUCUUCUUUGACCGCUCGCCGUCCGCCUUCCGGGUCAUCCUCAACUUCCUGGCGGCGGGGAAGCUGCGACUUCUGCGGGAGAUGUGCAUCCUCUCCCUGCACGAUGAGCUGAACUACUGGGGCGUGGAGAUGGCCUACAUGGAGCGCUGUUGCAAAAGGAAGAUGUACACGCGCAUCGAGGAGGUGUACGAGAAGGAGCGCCGUGAGGAGGAGCGCAGGAAGAAGAACGCCAUGCAGAGGGUUCCAGUGGAGGAAACGCAGUACCGAAAAGUGAUGAACUGGCUGAGGGACAUGGUGGAGAACCCCCAGUCGGGCUUACCAGGGAAGAUCUUCGCCUGCUUGUCUGUGGUCAUGGUGGCUGUGACUGUGGUGAGCUUGUGCAUCAGCACCAUGCCGGACCUCAGAGAAGAGGAAAACAGGGGGGAGUGCUCCGCCAAAUGCUACAACAUGUUCAUCAUUGAGACGGUGUGUGUGGCCUGGUUCUCCCUGGAGUUCCUCCUGCGCUUCAUCCAGGCCCGCAGCAAGCUGGACUUCCUGCGCGGGCCGCUGAACAUCAUCGACGCCAUGGCCAUCCUGCCCUACUACGUCUCGCUGGUGGUGACGGAGGAGGACCCGGCCUUGGAGCACGAGCGGCCCGGAGGAGGUAAGGGCUACCUGGACAAGCUGGGCCUGGUGCUGAGGAUCCUGCGAGCGCUGAGGAUUCUCUACGUGAUGCGCCUGGCCCGCCACUCGCUGGGCCUGCAGACGCUGGGGCUGACGGUGCGGCGCAGCACCCGCGAGUUCGGCCUCCUCCUGCUCUUCCUGUGCGUGGCCGUCACCCUGUUCUCGCCUCUGGUCCACCUGGCGGAGAGCGAGCUCACGGGCACCCACGACUUCAGCAGCAUCCCCGCCUCCUACUGGUGGGCCAUCAUCUCCAUGACGACCGUGGGGUACGGCGACAUGGUGCCGAGGUCCAUCCCCGGACAGGUGGUGGCGCUCAGCAGCAUCCUGAGCGGGAUCCUGAUCAUGGCCUUCCCGGCCACCUCCAUCUUCCACAUGUUCUCGCGCUCCUACCAGGAGCUGAAGAUGGAGCACGACCGCCUGUUCAAGGAGGAGUGUGCGGCCGCCGCCGCCGCCGCCACCGCCACCACGGAGGAUCCGGCGGACGGGGGGGACGAGGGGGACGAGGGAAUCAAGGACGGGAUGGGGGACAAGCAGCCCUCGCUGGAGUCUGUGACUCUGCUGGGGAAAGGGGGCGGAGCUUCAGGAAACAACCACAGCCUUCCAGCAACCGCUUUCUAAAAGCUCCCAGCUUCACUUCCACUAACCGCUCUGCUGCAUCGGACGCUUCAGACGAUGACGUUCCGGUCGCUCUUCAUGGUGCAAACCGAAGGACGAGAAAACCCUUUAACUCAGACGAUCCUCGUCGUCUGACCGAACGCCUCCGCAGCAAUAUUUCAGAUACGCUGCUUCCAUCAACAUGCAAUACGGAAAUCCAAAGUUGCUUUUCCUUCCACUGUGAAACACGAGCAAACCCCGUCUCAUUACUUUUGAUAUGCUGCCUAUAGUUCGAUCUCACUCGUAUGGACUCGACCUUUAUGCCAUAAGCAGGCGGAGAAGCUUAAAGCCAUUUUCUGAGGUGUAAACGAUCCAGUAGUUUGACUCGUCUGUAAUCCACAUUUAUCUCGUUUGUGUGUUUGAAUGCUGAAUAAAGAAGGAUUGCUUUCUCCAUUCUCUACUAUAAA